AUGGGAGGCGAAAGUGCGACCGAGUCCUGGUUGGGCAAUCUCUGGCGGGGCUCGCGGUACAAGGCGCAAGUGCACGAGAAAGCCACGAUUGGGAUUUUGUCUUCCGAGGUCGUGAGCGUAAUGUCUAAAGUGGUUAAGAUAUGGCACUGCUUGAGCGAUGUCGAGCUUCUUCGGUUGAGGGAAGAGAUGGCGAGGUCCGCGGGCAUCAGGAAGCUUGUAUCAGAAGAUGAUGGCUACCUCAUGAAUCUCGUGGAGGAUGAGAUCAUCGACAAUUUCGUGUACGUGGCCAGGGCGGUGGUCAGGCUCGCGAGGAGGUGUGCUGACCCUGUGUACCACCAAAUCGGAAGCUUCUUCGACGGCCCGAUAAGCAACUACGUCAAGUGGUUCGGUUGGGAGUACAAGUGGAAGAAGAUGGACAGGAGAGUGAAGAAAAUGGAAAGGUUUAUCACGGUCAUGCUGCAGCUGACCCAAGAGCAGGAGGUGCUGGCGGAGCUUCAACUGACGGUUCGGAGGAUGAAGGCCAAUCCCCAGUCGGACCGCGUCAAACUGUUCGAGUGCCAGCAGAAGGCGAUGUGGCAGAUUCAGGUGGUGCGAAAUCUCCGCGAACUGUCUCCUUGUAACAGAACUUAUGACUAUACAGUCCGGCUCCUCGCCAGAUCACUCUUCACGAUUCUUGAGAAAAUGAUACAUGCCUUUGGGGGUGACCAAGAUAAGUUUGAAUUAGAGGAAAUCCAUCCCACUUGUUUUUCCAGGAGCCACUCCCUUUCUGCUCUGAUGCAAUCUUCGGUUCAUUCAUCUGCUUCCAGCCUCGAUCUGUUCUAUAUGUCGCUGUGUUCAGACAAGGAUAGAGCAAACAAAAAGGAACACCAAAUUCAUCAGCAGUCUCGUUACAUUGGGCCUUUCAAAGGGUGCAUGAACGUGGAAACCGAUUCUCCCCUUGUCGAUGGUUAUUGCGGAACAGCUAUGGUUGAGUCGACCAGAGCGACAAGCGUGUCUGGAAAUGAUUUCAGAAUAAUUGACCACAAAGAUGUGAAGGCGUUGAUCGUGAGCAACAGAAUUUACUCUAAGCUCGCAUCUUUCUACGCGACGUACGGGUGCUUAAUCACCCGUCCUCAGACACUUGGCCAUGCCGCCUUGGCUGUGCACUAUGCUAAUGUGAUUGUUCUAAUCGAGAAGCUAGCGUCUUCACCUCACUCGAUCAGCCUCGACAUGAGAGACGACCUCUAUCACAUGUUGCCAGCUUCCGUUAGAACGGGUCUGAGGGCCAGGCUAAGGUCGCACGCCAAGAUGGUGCAUGACAGCGCAAUCGUGGAGAAAUGGAGGACGACGGUGGAGCAGAUCCUGGAAUGGCUAGCUCCGCUUGCCCACAGCACAGUAAAAUGGCAAUCCGAGCAGAGCUUCGAGAAGCGGAACCGUGAUUCUGGGGCGAACGUGCUUCUGGUACAGACGCUGUACUUCGCGGACCAACCAAAAACCGAGGUAGCCAUUGUAGAACUUCUGGUGGGUCUGAACAAUGUCUGCAGGAUCGGCAGAGCGAAAGUGAGUACUGAGAGGUUUUAA